GCAGGGACAGCCUUCUGCACUCACAACCCAAAGGAAAGCACCAGGUCGGGGGCUUCUGCAGACAACAGCAGAGCCUGACACCACUUCUGCGGGAAAGCUGACCGCGAUGGGGAGUGAGUGGGACACCGGGCUGGAGGAGAAGACGGAGCAGAGCUGUGCCCUUGUGUCCAGGUCGUCGUGAGAUCGGACCCACUUCGUGGCUGAGUGGCUAGCUGUAGGAAAUCCUGCUGGACCUGAGUAUCAUCGCUUAUUUGAGAAGCCUCAGAUUUGGGGCAGGAAGAGCAGAAGCCAGAGGGGAGUGACCCAUCUCUCCAGCACACAGGUAGGCAUGGGAGGACGGAAGAUGGCAAGAGAUGAAGAAAAUGCCUAUGGUUCGGACGACAACCGGGACGCCGAGCAGCCGCUGGCGCAGGAGCCCAGGCUCCGGCUCAUCCUGGCCGGCAGGACCGGAGCGGGCAAGAGCGCCACGGGCAACAGCAUCCUGGGCCACAGGCGCUUCCCGUCCCGGCUCGCGACCGCCCCGGUGACCAGGCGCUGCGACGUGGGGAGCCGCCGCUGGGCCGGCUGGCGCGUGGAGGUCACCGACACCCCCGACCUCUUCAGCGCCCAAGGGCGGCACGCAGACCCGGACCGCACCGAGCGGGCCCGCUGCUACGUGCUGUCGGCGCCCGGGCCGCACGCGCUGCUGCUCGUGACGCAGCUGGGCCGCUUCACCACCCAGGACGAGGAGGCCGUGCGCGGCGUCCGCGAUCUCUUUGGGGCCGGCGUCCUGGCGCGCGCCGUGGUCGUCUUCACGCGCCGGGAGGACCUGGAGGGGGCGUCGCUGCACGACUACGUGCGCGCCACCGACAACCGCGCGCUGCGGGCCCUGGUGGCCGAGUGCGGCGGCCGCGUGUGCGCCCUGGACAACCGCGCGGAGGGCGCCGAGCGCGAGGCGCAGGUGGACGAGCUGCUGGCGCUGGUGGAGCGGCUGGCGCGGGAGCACGACGGCGCGCCCUUCACCAACGACGCGUACGGCCUGGCGCGGGCGCGGCGCGACGUGCGCCCCGAGGACAGGCUCCGCCUGGUGGCCGAGCGGCUGGCGACCCGCGGCCAUGGGAGCGGUUCGGGCGGUGCUGGCCUAAGGCCGCGUGGCGGAUGUGGCUUCAGGCUCUCCUGCUGCUGGGGGGCGCGCUCCGUGCUCAAGUCCGGCGGUGUGGAUGCAACAGGAGGCAUCUACUCACCUGGCCCGGGUUCAGGGACUGGAAGGAGGGUGGUAUUGGGGCAGCCAGUUACAUGUGGAGAAGGUGACUGUUGGGGGACCGCUAGGGCCGUCCCAGCUCUACGUGGAUUAGAAGGGCCCGCGCACCUGUGCUUAGAUGUCAGGAGUUCUUGGGGUGGCCGAGUGGGGGUGGCAGGUUGGACUUCGGGGUUACGGGCUGGUUUUUCAGAGGAAGAGAAGGGGCAGCCAACCCACGGGGUCUGGAAAGCCCUAGAAAUCACGUCCGACUGCUGUUCUUUCAGUCCCUCUGUGGACCAGCCCGGGCUUUCCGUCCCUGAGAAGCAGGAGCAUUCGAGAAGCGGGGUUCUGGGUGCCAUCGGUGCUGGGAGCAGCGAAACGGCGGACCCCGAGGGGACCGUCGCCGUCUGCGGGGGGCACGGGCCGCGCUCCCCGAUCCCCCUUUGCCGCCUGGCGCUGAGGCCGAGCCCUGGAGCCCACGGCCUCCUCCGCGGCUCCUCCAUAAGUGCACCCGCCCCGCUUCCUGCUGCGCCCUGGCCGCCCUGCGACCCCGCCCCCGAGAGGCACCCGGGGAGCCGCCCCAGAGCCGUCUCCAGAGCCGCGGUCCCCCGAGAGCCGCCUGCCGCCGGCGUCGCCGCCACCCCGAGACCACCGGCCCGAGAGUCACCCCGAGAGCAGCCGUCGGCCCACCCUCCCCCCAAGGCCGCCAGCCGCCGCCCUGAAACCCGCCUUAGAGCACGGAGCCCGCAGCGCCGCGCCUGGAGAAAACUCAAACGCCCCAGAUGCCCUGGACAGAAGAGAAUGGAAGGGCUUCAGAGGAGCGGAUAUGGAACUAUGACUGAAGGCAGAGAGGAAGAUAACUGGUUUGCAGCAUCGUCCUCAUUGAGGAUCAUCCUGGUGGGCAAGACAGGCAGCGGGAAGAGUGCCACAGGGAACAGCAUCCUCUGCCAACCAGUGUUUGAGUCCAAGCUGGGGAGCCAGGCUGUGACCACAAAGUGCCAGGCAGAGACAGGGACCUGGGAUGGAAGGAACAUCCUGGUGGUUGACACGCCUCCCAUCUUCGAGGCAGGGGAUCAGGCCCAGGAGAUGUACAAGGACAUUGGAGAUUGUUACCUGCUCUCUGCCCCGGGGCCCCAAGUGCUGUUGCUGGUGACACAGCUGGGGCGCUUCACCGCCCAAGACACGGUGGCGGUGAGGAGGGUGAUGGAGGUCUUCGGGGAAGAAGCCAUGAAACACAUGGUGGUCCUCUUCACCCACAAGGAGGACUUGAUGGGCGGGUCGUUGGAUGAGUACAUCACAAACACGGACAACCUCAGCCUGAGGAGCCUGGUCCAGGAGUGCGGGAGGAGGUACUGCGCCUUCAACAACAGGGCCACCGGGGAGGAGCAGGGGGAGCAGCGGGCCCAGCUGAUGGCCGUGGUCGAGAGGCUGGAGAGGGAGACCCAGGGCGCCUUCCACACCAAUGACCUCUUCUUUGAAGCCCAGAUGCUGCAGCGAGGUGGGGGCGGUGCCCGUGGGGAAGAGCGCUACCUGGCCAAGGUACGGGAGCAUAUAGAAAAGCAAAAGCGAGCCCUGAGACUGAGCAGGAGUAACUGGGCCCUCAGGGUGCUCCUCAGAAUCAAAAUAUGGGUGUUUUCUAACCUUGGAAUAUCUGCUUUCCUUGUUAUAUGCUUUCUGAUUUUUCUUGCCGUUUUAAUUAACUUGUGUAUUACUCAUGCACACUGAGCAUUUUCAGAUGAUUUCUGCAAUCAGCUGUUUCAUUUUUUGAGUCCCCUUCUCUGUCUGUGUCACAUUCUUUAUUUGCUUUUUUACAUAAUUUCCCUUAAGUUUUUCUU